AGCUGCCAAAUGCACAUGUAACAGGUCAGCCAGUGUCAUAGGUACAAAUCUGCUGACAGGUGCACUUUAAGUGACACCCAGCCCUGGAUCCAGAGGGGCCCAAAAGGUCCCACUGCCCCAUAUGAGGGAUCCAGGUGCAUGGGAUUGCUCAGGGACCAAUUACAGGUUUUGCAUUGAGAUCCAGGAGCUUCAAGCCGGAUACAUUUCAGAUGAGAAUUUUGUGGACCUAGGUUGUCUGGGUUGGGUUGCCCCCUUAUCAUUGAGGUCACUUGGUGAUGACAAGUGACAUUUUUAAUCACUUGCCCAUUUUAUCAUGGUGGGUAACAGUGGAGACACGUGGACCUGGGUGGUUACAAGUGUUGUUUAUAUUUACAGGUCCGUUUCCAGGAGUCAUUGAAGUUCAGGGGACGGGUGGAGGCCUCCUGGAUUACAAGGCGAGCCUGCUGGCUAAUAGAGGCUUUGCCACGCUGGCAUUAGCUUACUAUAACUAUGAAGAUCUACCUAAAGACAUGAAGGAGCUUCGUCUGGAAUACUUCGACUGGUCCAGGUCCGUUUCCAGGAGUCAUUGAAGUUCAGGGGACGGGUGGAGGCCUCCUGGAUUACAAGGUCCGUUUCCAGGAGUCAUUGAAGUUCAGGGGACGGGUGGAGGCCUCCUGGAUUACAAGGCGAGCCUGCUGGCUAAUAGAGGCUUUGCCACGCUGGCAUUAGCUUACUAUAACUAUGAAGAUCUACCUAAAGACAUGAAGGAGCUUCGUCUGGAAUACUUCGACUGGUCCAGGUCCGUUUCCAGGAGUCAUUGAAGUUCAGGGGACGGGUGGAGGCCUCCUGGAAUACAAGGCGAGCCUGCUGGCUAAUAGAGGCUUUGCCACGCUGGCAUUAGCUUACUAUAACUAUGAAGAUCUACCUAAAGACAUGAAGGAGCUUCAUCUGGAAUACUUCGAAGAAGCAGUAAACUAUAUGCUGCAACAUCCCAAGGUGAAGGGUCCGGGGAUAGGUCUCCUUGGCCAUUCUAAAGGUGGAGACUUGGUGCUUUCUAUGGCCUCCUUCCUUAAAGGCAUAGCGGCCACAGCUGUUGUGAAUGGCUCGGUGGCGAAUUCUGUCGGAAUCCUUCACUACAAGGACAACACUCUGCUUCCUAUUGGCUUUGAUGUUAAAAAGUUAAAACACCACGAGCCAGGAGUGGGCGAUAUCCGCGAUGUAUUUCAUAAUCCACUAGAAGAGGCUAACCGCAAGAGCCUUAUUCCUGUUGGGAAAGCCGACUGCAAGUUUCUGUUUAUUGUGGCAGAAGAUGACAGGAACUGGAAGAGUGACUUUCACGCCCAAGCGGCGUGCCAGCUUCUGCAAGAGGAGGGCAAAGAAAAGCCUGAAGUGGUGUACUAUCCCAAAGCCGGCCAUUACCUAGAGCCGCCCUACCUCCCCUUGUGUAGGGUGUCUAUGCACAGGCUUGUUGGUCUUCCCGUGGUUUGGGGAGGAGAACCAAAAGCUCAUGCAAUGGCACAAGUGGACUCAUGGCAGAGAAUUCAGGCCUUCUUGCACAGGCAUCUAAAAAAUUACCUGGAGAAUAAAUUAUGACCAUAUUGUAUUAUGAGCACAUGGCCUUAAAGGGGUUCUGUUAAAGGGGAAUAUUAAUUAUUAAUAUUUUGCAUUAUAAUUCAUAUUAAUAAAUAGUGCUAUUGUUG